GCCGCCGCGGCGGGCGCAGCUCGCGAACCUGUGGCGGUGACGUGAGCCCCGCCAACCCGGAAACGGCGGCGGUGGCGGCGGCGGCACCGGAGGCUCCCGGCACCCGCGCCCCCGCGCUCCCCUCGCCCGCCCGGCCGCUCGGCCUCCAGGAAAAGAAACUGAGGCGUGGAGUUUGAAUAACACGUUCAAGGUAACCGAGUUGAUAGAAGGACAACGACAGAAUCACCAGCACUGGCUGAAGCUUUCUUCCAAUAGGAGAGGAACACUUGAAAUAUUUCCUGCUUCUUUUUGGAUCAAUUAUAUGUACUUAUAUUUAUGACUGUGUAUAGAACUAUAGUAUGUCAUACACGGUACCUUAACAUGGGGAAUCUUCUUAAAGUUUUGACAUGCACAGACCUUGAGCAGGGGCCAAAUUUUUUCCUUGAUUUUGAAAAUGCCCAGCCUACAGAGUCUGAGAAGGAAAUUUAUAAUCAGGUGAAUGUAGUCUUAAAAGAUGCAGAAGGCAUCUUGGAAGACUUGCAGUCAUACCGAGGAGCUGGCCAUGAAAUACGUGAGGCAAUCCAGCAUCCAGCAGAUGAGAAGUUGCAAGAGAAGGCAUGGGGUGCCGUUGUUCCACUAGUAGGCAAAUUAAAGAAAUUUUAUGAAUUUUCUCAGAGGUUAGAAGCAGCAUUACGAGGUCUUUUGGGAGCCUUGACAAGUACCCCGUACUCUCCCACCCAGCAUUUAGAGCGAGAGCAGGCUCUUGCUAAACAGUUUGCAGAAAUUCUUCAUUUUACACUCCGGUUUGAUGAACUCAAGAUGACGAAUCCUGCCAUACAGAACGAUUUCAGUUAUUACAGAAGAACGUUGAGUCGGAUGAGGAUUAAUAAUGUUCCAGCAGAAGGAGAAAAUGAAGUAAAUAAUGAAUUGGCAAAUCGAAUGUCUUUGUUUUAUGCUGAGGCAACCCCAAUGCUGAAAACCUUAAGUGAUGCCACGACAAAAUUUGUCUCAGAGAAUAAAAAUUUACCAAUAGAAAACACCACAGAUUGUCUAAGCACCAUGGCUAGUGUUUGCAGAGUCAUGCUUGAAACACCGGAAUACAGAAGCAGGUUUACAAAUGAAGAAACAGUGUCCUUCUGCUUGAGAGUAAUGGUGGGUGUUAUCAUCCUCUAUGACCAUGUGCAUCCAGUGGGAGCAUUUGCCAAAACCUCCAAAAUUGAUAUGAAAGGUUGUAUCAAAGUUCUUAAGGACCAGCCUCCCAACAGUGUAGAAGGUCUUCUAAAUGCUCUCAGGUACACAACAAAACAUUUGAAUGAUGAGACUACCUCCAAGCAAAUUAAAUCCAUGCUGCAGUAACAGUCCUGGAGUGGGCCCUGCUGUGGACAGAAGACAGUGUUCUGCAAUGACUGAGAAUGCACAGUUUUUUAGUGAUUGCAAUUACUAUCUCAUUUAUUCUUGCUUUUAUUUCUUUCCUCUGUUCCUCUUCCCUCUUUUUUAAUCAUGUUCUUGUUCUUAAGACUUCUUUUCUGUGCCAAAAUCAGUAAAGUUACACUCUGAAGGGAUAUUGUCCUUUCAAAAAGGCCAUCUAAGGCAGCUAAUUAUGCAUUGCAUUGGGGUCUCUACUGAGAAAAAUUCUGUGACUUGAACUAAAUAUUUUUAAAUGUGGAUUUUUUUUGAAAACUAAUAUUUAAUAUUGCUUCUCCUGCAUGGCAAAACUGCCUAUUCUGCUAUUUAAAAGCCCUCAACAACUUUAUUUUCUACUGCCGCUUUUUUCAUGUGCAGCCAAAAUGAAAAUGUUUAAAUUAAUUGUGUUGUACAAAUGGUACCCAACACAAACGUUUUUUAAAUUAGUAAGACUUUUGUUUAAAGUUUUAAUUUUGCAUUUUGACUUUUUUUGUAAGGAUGUAUGUUGUGUGUUUAACCUUUAUUAACUAACGUUAAAAACUGUGAUGUGUGCGUAGAAUAUUACGUAUGCAUGUUCAUGUUUAAAGAAUGGCUGUUGAUGAUAAAAUAAAAAUCAGCUUUCAUUUUUCUAAGUGUGGUUGGUUUACUGACGUUUUGUUUUUAGGCUUUUGAAGUUUUCCCCGUGUAUAUUUUAUGGAAUUUGUAUAUGUUACCUGAUUUGUCCUUCUUUUAGGGGAGAACUGGGUCUUACUGAUAGUGUUUUUCGUAAUUGUUGUCAGUGUACAUAGUUUUCAUUGCUUUUAAGAUUUUGUUAAGUGUGAUAAGAUCAGUGAUCUUGUCAUUAACUUGACUUUUUCUUAAUUUACUAUUAUGUGGAUGUAAUAAUAAAGGGAAAGCCACACUCUGUUUGAUUUGCGGUUCGCAGGAGUGAGAGCCUAGCAGCAUGAGGCAGAGUGUGGAAGGAAGAGCAGCCCUUGACACACUGGGAGGAGAGUGAGUAGAAGAGAAACUCCUAGGAGAAAGUGAAACGUGAGGGCCAUGACCCCACUGGUGAUAGAAAACUAACAUGUUUUUCAGUUUAAGAUCCUAAAAUCCAAGUUUCAUGAUUAAGAACAAGCUGCUCCAAAUGUCUGCUGCAGCCACGCCAGUGGUGUAAGGAGAGGACUGAGAUGUGACAGAAUUCAGUGGUUAGCCGUGCCAGAGAAUCCCAGAGGCUGCCGUCACGUCCUUCUGGGUUUGUAGCAGCACACCAAGGCUCACACGGCCUUGCUGGUGGAAUCCUGCUGACCCCUUAGGCUCCUCCUGCUCACCAUUCUCCUGCCGCACACCCUCGUCCGCAGCUGGGCGCAACUGCUCGCUAGAUUGUCCAUGCACUGUUGCUUCUGGAACUCUGGUCCAGCAGGUCACUGAACCCGAUGUGCUCUUCCUCCCUCAUGUCCGUCUGGUAAACCCAUCUUUCAGCUUCUCUUUCAUGGAUGACGCUGACCGUCUUCUUCAGAGAGUCCCUGUAACAGGUUGAGUAGUGGGCCCUCAAACAAGCUAUGUCUACCAGGAAUCUGUAAAGGGACCUUAUUUGGGAAAAGGAUGUUUGCAGGUGAAAUCCUGUAUUAGGGUGGGCCCUGAAUGCAAUGACACGUCCUUAGAAAAGAAGGGAAAAUGGACCCAGAGUGGAAGGCUCUGUGAAGGUGGACGGAGAGAUGCGGACACUGUCUUCAGCCGAGGAGCCACAGGAAUUGCUCCCUUGGAGCCCCCGAAGGAACCAACCUUGCUACAAUCUCAGUUCCAGACUGCUGCCCCGCAAGAUUGUGGAAGUAAAUUUCUGCUUCAGACUGUUCAGUUUGUGGUAAUUUGUUAAUGGCAGCCCUAAGAAUCUACCAGAAGGAUCUCCUGAAACACCUCAGACAUUUCACUGUACCUGUGGGCGUCUUUGCUGAUUCUGUGAGAAGCAUAGUGUGUGGAGACGAGAAGGGAGGAGCCGUGCCUGACUUCUUUCAGUGUCCCAAGGAAGGGUCUUGCACAGUACCCAUGUUGGAAUCAGUGCCAAGUGAAUGCUUGAGUGGAGCAAAUACAGAUGGAAAAUAGUGACGCAGGUGCAGUAGAGGCAGUCUAUUGCUGUGGCCAAUACAGUUGACAUAGUUCUCCAUCUGCAUGUUGAAGAGUAAGUGGGAAAGUCUCAGCUCCAGCCCAGGGGCUGGCACGCUGGUCUGUGGGCUGAUGGGCCCACCAUCUGUUUUUGUAUAGCCUGUGAGCUAAGAAUGGUUGGAAAAACAGGUUGGAAAAAAAAAAAAUCAAAAGAAUAAUGAAUGGUUUUUUAAAAGGUUGAGAACAAAAGAAUAUUUUGUGGCAUGAGAAAAGUAUAUGAAAUUCUAAUUCAUGUUCAUAAAUAAAAUUUUAUUGGAACACAA